AUGCUCCUGAAGACAAUCCCUGCCGAUUGCUUUGGGCUACGGCUUUCACCGGAUGGCAGAUUCCUGACAUCUGUCCCUCUGCGACAUGGAGCUUACGACUCACAUGGAGGUGGCAGGAGAAUAGAUGUUUGGGACCUAAAUAUCGGAAAGCUUCACAAGGUUUUCCACAGCCCUUCUGAUGAUCUGAGUUGUAUCUCGUUCUCCAAUGAUAACAAGCUUCUGGCCUCUGCGUCAGAUUUGAAUGGGACCAUUCAGCUUUGGGAUCUGUCCGCACAUUCCCAGUUCUUACAAGAUUCCCAACAACAUGGAAUCGACACCAUCAAGCUUUCUCCUAGUCGCAAGGUAGCCGCUUCUGUUACGAAUCCUUACUCGAAGGUUUUUCUAUGGGAUAUGGAAACUGGUGCACUCCGGGGAGAAAUUAUCGGUGGAGCCUCCUCAUUCUCGCCAGAUGGGAAAUGGUUCGUCACCUCCAACGGGAAAACAGACGACAUAUAUAAUCUGGCUACAAUGGACCUUGUGCACGGCGCUGAGAAAAUGGACCCCCAAAGACCCGGACGAUUCGUAUUCAGCCCAGACAGCAAGCUUCUCGCACAAGAGUGCCUCCACCCGGUCUCUCAAAUGGAUGAAAAUCGAGCGAACGAGAUGUAUGCCGAUAUUCCCGAUGAACAAUCUCUAGUCCGAAUAUGGGAAACAGGAAUAUGGAAGCCACUGUUCACAUUCGAGGCUCGCUACAACCGUAUCGCAACGAUGGAAUUCUCCCCGGACAGCACCCUUCUCGCUGGUGCGGUAUCCCGACCACAGGCAGAAGUGUUCAGCUGCAUUAUUUGGGAUGUCAUUACUGGGUACCAACAGAGAGUUGUCACUUUUCCUGUUGUCUCUUAUUCUGAAUGCUUAAUUGCCGAUCUUGCAUGGUCGCCCGGUGGAACUACCGUGGCCAUGUUGACCACGGGUCGGAAAAUACGACUGUGCCAUCUGGCGAGCGGGCAAGUAAAGACUCUGGAUAUGCAAGAGAUAGGGGUAGCUGUUUCUUUUUCGUCGGAUUGUUUACUAUUGGCAGCUGGAUCGAGACGUCAUGGUUUCAUUGAGCUUUGGGAUGUGCAGACGGGAGCUAGCAUUGGAAAACGUCAGGCUCUUGACUCUAAGGAGCUGCAGUUCUCAGAGGACUGCAAAGCGAUAGAGACGGUGACUGGCCGUAUUGAUGUUGACGCUUUUUAUCCUGAUCAUGAGCUCGCGAGGAGACGUGAUUUUCUGGUUGAGAACGACUGGGUAGUCUAUGGCGGAAAAAAAAUCUUGUUGCUUCCGAUAGACUACCGAGCUACUUGUGCUGUCGCCGCAGGUGAUCUCUUGCUAAUGGGGCAUGCAUCGGGUCGUGUCACGAGUCUUCGGAUUGAUGCCACAAGCUUUAGGUUUACAUAG